AUGGAACGGUUGCUUCGCUUAACCGGUUUUAAUGGUUUACCGAAAGCAGCGCCUCAAGAUGUGCUAAAACAUCCGGAUACCGGUGAAACCCUUUACGUAUCGUCACUUGCUCUUCUCAAAAUGCUUCGACACGGUCGAGCUGGUGUUCCUAUGGAGGUGAUGGGCUUAAUGUUAGGCGAAUUUGUCGAUGAUUUUACGAUCAAUGUUGUUGAUGUGUUUGCUAUGCCACAAUCUGGAACAACUAAAAUGUUGGAUAUGCUACAUCAAACGGGACGUGCUGAAAUGGUUGUUGGUUGGUAUCAUUCACAUCCAGGAUUCGGUUGUUGGUUAUCCAGUGUUGAUAUUGCUACACAAAGAAGUUUUGAAGCGCUCAAUGAUCGUGCUGUUGCUCUCGUAAUCGAUCCAAUACAAUCGGUAAAAGGAAAGGUAGUAAUCGAUGCAUUUCGUACUAUUGGACCGAAUUCUUUGGAAUUCAGUUUUCUGGAAGGUAUUCAAAAGACACUAGCACCUACUCAAGAAUCACGACAAACCACUUCGAAUUUAGGACAUCUGAUGAAACAUUCCAUCGUUGAGCAACUUCAUGGACUCGGCAAAAGCUAUUAUUCAAUAACGAUAAGCUUCAAGCUAACAGUUAAAGAGCAGCAAAUGCUGCAAAGUUUACAUAUGAAAAAUUGGGCGGAAGGAUUACAAUUGAAUAGCUUCGAGAAGAUAACAAAAAACAAUUUAACAAAUAUGCAAGAAAUGGUUAAAAUGAUCAAACUCUACAAUAAAGAAAUAUAUGUAUUAUCGAAAAAGCCAUACGAUGAAAUUGGAAUGGAAAGUAAAACGGAGAAAUCGAAACGAAUAGAAAGCAAAACAGAGAAGUCAAAAACAUUAUCAAAAGCUGAAAUUGAAGCCAAACAAGUUGGUCAUUUCGAUCCAAAGCGACAUCUGGCCACUAUUGCAAACGACUUGAUGAAGGAUAACAUUGUACAUGAAUUGCGCUCAAUGAUCGAUGCAACCGCCUUUCAGUAG